AUGACUCCAAGGAUUUGUGAAAAUUUUCUGUUAGGAUUAAAGAUUUAUGAUUUGCCAAACAUUUCUCAGAACCACAUGAACUUGAUUAGUUUUGAUGACAUACUUGCUGAAAAGUUUCAAUCUGAAUUCUUAGUUGGUAAUUUAAGUGUUGAAAUUUUGUUGGUUUUCAUCUACACAAAUGAAUCUGUUAAACAACAAAAACAAAGUUGUCUUUACCCUAAUAGAUAUGAGGGUGAUCUUACAUCACAAUUAUGCAAUUACUACAACAAUAUCAAUAAGAGUAAUCAUGUUAUUGUACUUUUGAAAAAUGCACGAAUCAAGGAAGCUGAAGGUAUGGAUGCUUUCUAUUUGUUGUAUUUUAAAGUGGAGAUUUCUUUAUUAUCAACAUUUAACUUGCAAGUUGAUAUAACUCAAUACUCACAAUAUUCUUAUCUUGAUAAUUUUACAUGGAUAACUCAGGUGCUAAGUAUUGUUGAGAUCAACAAUCUUCAAUAUGAGACAACAUGUGUCAUUGUUGCCAAGUUAGAUAAGUUUGAAGUUGGGCAGACUGGGUGCUUUUAUGAUGGGCGUGGUGAGUGUACCAAGAAUGUUUCACUUAAAGAUGGAAACUUGAAGUGUUUCUUAAACCAUGAGAGAGAUGUAUCUAUUCCAAGAUACAAAUUUGAAUUUCAGGAAAAUGAUAACAAAUACAAGGCAAGGUUUACCUUUUGGGAUGAUGAUUAUGUCAAUAAGAUUGGAAAGACCGUCCUUGAACUCAAUAUUGAGCUGUUUGAGGCCGGCGAAGAUAAUCCACUUGAAUAUCCAUAUGCACGGGAUAAAAUGUUGAACAUACAUCCAAGUUACAACUCUCUGAGCCUUCAGCGCGGGAGGAACCUCCAAUUAAUUUGUAAUAUUCCGUAA